UCUAGCUCUAAAAAAACGAUCAACACGUAAAAUUACGAUUAAUGAAGCAUUUUGAAAUUUUAAUAUGCCACCUGCAGUGUAUUUCUAGUAUCUUAUCUUUUUAAUAAUAAAGAGCUUCGUCAUAGCUAAUCGAUAUUGAACUGUGAUAGAAUGCGAACUUUAAUCAAUUUAAUUUUAUAUUUUAUCAACGUCAUAUCAUAGUUAUCACUUUAAAUUUUUUUUAACUUUGCUAAAAUCCAUUUGUAUUAGUACUUGAUGCAUUUCCAAAGCAACUCAGGCUCCCACUUAACAUAUAAAUGGGUCUGCAUUCAUUCAAGAAUUAUUAGUGUUUCCCACUGAGUUUGCAAUGAAAGUCGUGAUAAUUUUAGCAAUCUGUGCGCUGACCGCAGUUACUGCCGUAGCCCUUCCUGAGGAAGAACGUGUCAGCGGUGAGAAUGGUUGGUAUAUUCCUCAAGCUGAUGGCUCAUUAGUUUGGGUCUCAACUGAAGAGGGUGAGCAACUGUUGGCCGAUUUAGAGCAGCAGGAAGAAAUGGAGGGUCGUCUGUUGCCAGUGCCAGUGAAAUUCUACCUCUACACAAAUGCCAACCCGUCUAAAGGACAAAAGAUUACCGAAACUGUCAAAUCCAUUACCAACUCCAACUUCGAUGCGAGUAAUCCAACGAGAUUCGUUAUACACGGUUGGGCCCAGAGUUACAUCGCCGGUAUGAAUAAGGAUAUUCGUGCAGCUUGGUUGGCACGUGGAAAAUACAAUGUGAUCGUUGUCGAUUGGGCACGUGGACGUUCCGUUGACUAUGCCUCCUCUGUUGUAGCUGUACCAAAGACUGGCAAAAAAGUGGCCAGCAUGAUCAACUUCUUAGUCACAAACUUUGGUAUGAAUUUGGAUGAAACCGAAGCGAUCGGUCACAGUUUGGGUGCUCAUGUAGCCGGUUAUGCCGGUAAGAACACUAAAAAUGGCUUGCUUCACGCCAUAGUCGGUUUGGACCCCGCCCUGCCACUCUUCAGUUACAACAAGCCCAACAAACGUUUGAAUGCCAACGAUGCUAAUUAUGUCGAGUCCAUUCAGACCAACGGCGGUCAACUCGGUUUCCUCAAACCUAUUGGUAAGGGCGCUUUCUACCCGAACGGUGGUAAGACUCAACCUGGUUGUAUUUUGGAUUUAACUGGCGCCUGCAGUCAUGCGCGCUCCACCGCCUACUACGCUGAGGCUGUGGCUCGUGAUGACUUCCCCAGCAUGCAUUGUGGUGACUAUGAGGAAGCAGUGAAAGAUGAUUGUGGCACUUCGUACAGCGGUGUCAAAAUGGGUGCAGUGACCAAUGCUUAUAUGGUGUCCGGCGAUUACUAUGUGCCCGUACGUAGUUCGUCACCUUAUGGCUACGGUGCCUGAAAUAAUUGCACAUGAAAUGAUGACUAUAAACGAUUUAAUAAAAGCAUAUUGAUAUAUAAGAAGAUUGAUAUAAAAAGAUGUAGUAUUUUACUUUAUAAUCCAGUUGAUCACGCUUGUCUACUUGUAUAUUAAGAAACGUUUACAGACUAACAUUAUACUCACAUUAUUUGGUUCAAGCUUAGAAGAGGCCUCGCUAAUAAUCCGUUUAAUAAUCAGAAGCAAUAUUUGAAAUGGUGAACUUCCAAAUUCUUUCAUCAAUCCUCUCUGAGAGUUAAAUUUAUUACGAAAAUUUGUAGAAAUGGUCCUUGAGGGCACAUGACAUUUGCAGAGAUUCCGGAAGAAGCUGCUCAUUUGUCGGUACCGCUGAUAUCGAACCACCGCAGCAUAUAGCCGUCAUUCAAACUGACCCAUCCAAAUCAAGUUGUUACCUUUGUCGGAUAUUAUAGCUUCUCUCUUCUUUUAGACACUCUUUUAUGAACAUUUGAAAUUCUAAAAAAGUGAAAAUUUGAGUUUCCUCAGCUAUCCUACUUCCAACUCAUAUCUCUCCCACGGAACCAUUAGAUUAUGUAUUACUUCUUAGGAGAGAGAAAGACCUUAAGUCUCAUCUGUUCAUCUGUCAUCCGAAGUGACUGAAGCCUACUAUACUGUAUAUGCCUUAGUAUUGUCAUACAUAGACGUGCUCAGAGUCUCCUAUGCACUCGGUACAUGUCGAACAGUACGGACUAACCCUGUGAUGGAAGCGGAACAGAUAGCUUCUGAAGCAUCCAUGUUCACUCAAUAUCUGGAUU